AUGGGGCUGUGUUCUCAUAAUGGAUUGUUAGUGAUGCUGUUGUUUCAUCUUUGCCAGGCACAAGAUGAUGCUCUCCCCUCCCCUGACCCCGAGCCGGCCCCACCAAGCCUGGGUGAAAUGAUUGAUGCAGUGAAGGCAGCCUUUGAGCAGGCGGUACAGAUCUCGACAACCGGUGCCGUACGCGAGGCCUUGGAGCAGGUUGUAGGUGAACUCGCACCACAGAAGACUCAGGCAGAGCAGUCACCAGCGGUCGAGACCGCAGCUGAUUAUACAACAGAAGAAGCAGCUAAAGAGGAGGCAGUGGUGCUCACUGCAGGAGAACCAGAUGUCCUUAUGUCAGAAUCAAGUGAACAGACAUCUGAGCAACCAGGUCAAGAAGGACUGACUCAAGAUAUAGAGCCUGCAGAGGAGAUUCAAGGACUGGCCAAGUCAUCAAUUUCAAAGUCAGAAGAGAAAUCAGAAGAGAAAUCAGUGGAGCUGGUCCUUGAGGCAGUAGAUUCAGUUCAGGAACCAGUAGAAUCUGUUUUGCAAGACGCUGACAUUGCUGAAGUGGGUGCACCAAUGACUGAGGAAAGCCAUUCAGAGGAAUCACCUGCCCAGUGGUAUCCUGACACACAAAAAGAAAACGAAUCAGGAAGAGGAGCUGUGAAAAUGAACAAAGGAAGCGAGGAGGCUGAAGAUGAAGAUGUAGAAGACCCAGAAAAGGGAUUCACUGAGAAAGAGGCUCAGUUGUCUGAGAUGGAGGAAAAGACUGCAAAAGGAGAAAUAGAGAAAGUAGAGGUGUCAAUAGAGGUUAAAGUACAAGGACCACAAGAAGAAGAAUCUGUGAAAAGGCAAGAUACACAAUGGGCUACGGAAUCAGAGCAUAGUCAAGAGGAAUGGCAGGCAGUAACAGCACAGAUGGGUACAGAUGGUGGUGUGGCUGAUAUGGAUGAAGUAGAACAGGAAGAGGAAGAACAGGAAGUAGCAAAGACUCAAGAAGGUGUGAUUGAAGUUAAGGCAAGGAGAGAGGAGGCAGAUUCCGGAUCUGAGGCACAGCUCCAGAAAGUUUCAAGACAGGAGGAGGUUCCUCCAACCGCCAAAACAGAGGAAACUCCACAGGAACCAGAGGUCGCCGUGGAUACUAAGGGACCAAUUAAGUUGCAGGAGCCUGUUAUCAAGAAGUCUAAAGCAACAGGCGGUAAAGCACAUGAGGCAAGUGAUGUAAACGAGAUUAUCACCUCCAGGGACCCGAACAAGAACAAUCAGGGUGUACCGGUGUUGAUGAACACUGUUGAGCAGCUCCCACCAACACCAGUUCACAAACUGAGGCUCGGAGAUACUGACGCACCAAUGGACUCUACACAGACCAAAGCCAUAGGGCAGGACACAUGGAAGAUAGGAGCCAUAGCAGCAGCAUUCUUUCUCAUUCUGCAAACUGCUGUCACCACUGUCUACAUUCUGAAGUGCAGGACAAAGCCAAAUAGUGUGGCCCCACAGAAGCUGUGUGCUAGAGGAAACGGAGGUAAAGAAGGUGACGCAAACAAUAUAGAUAUCACCGUUCCAAUCGAUGAACAAACCACUGUAGAUAACCUUCCAGAGUACUCGCAGGUCCAGCAAGAGGACGUUGCUAUGACAACUAUCCCACUGGAUUCCACAGAGAAGAAUUCAUCCUAUGACCCCAGAACCUCUGUUGUUUAA